AUGUCGAACGUCGAUGAAUUGACAAAAAUGGCUAGCGAUGGUCAAUUGCCAGAAAAAGUAAGUUAUAAACAAGAAUCUUGAAAUAUAUAUUAAUAAUGUCUGUAAUAUAUUUCAGUUAAAAUUAUUGAUGGCACUUUUAAAAAGAAGUGAAUUUUCGAAUUGUGAUCCAUUCUGCGAAGCGAAGUUCGAACCAAUGGAACCGCCACCGAAAGUUGAAAAUGCGGAACCGGAAAAAGCUGUCAACAUCUUGACCGUCUUCAAGAAUCCACAACUUCGCAAAAAUAUCUUGAUUCUUUGGAUCAUGUGGUUUAUUACUGGAAUGACGGCGUACUUGACAGAUUUGUGUGGUGGAGAUAUGACUAGCAAUUUCUGGGUCGGCCAGUUUUUGUCGGGCAUUUUAUUGUCGUUGGUGAGAAUUGCGAUGGGAUUUGCGGAUGGAUAUUUGCCAUGGAUGGGAAGACGUUUUGUUAUGUUAUGCUCGCAAAGUUUGGCUGUUGUUUUCUUCGCCUGUGUUAUCUCGUUCCUUCUCACCGAUCAAAAAGUUAGUUUAACCUUUUUUUUUGAAUAAAUAAAAAAAAAUAUUUUUUAGGGUCAAUGGUUCUACACUGCUGCCUAUCUUUCCGCAUUCGUCUUCACUUCCAUCGUUUGGGAACCUUGCUAUCUUUGCGCAUCUGAACUUAUGCCAACUGAUGUUCGUGCAACUUCAACCGCCAGUUGCUCAAUCAUCGGAAGAUUCGCAAACAUCGGAGCAUCAAUGCUCAGCGGACUCAAAACUGUUUAUCAGCCAGGAGUUCAUAUGAUCUCAAUUAGUUUGGGAAUUAUUAACAUUGUUGCCGCCUAUUUUAUGUUGGAAGAGACAAAGAAUUGUAGUUUGGAUAAGGCUGGAGGAGGUGCAAAGGCUGCCGAAAAAGCCAAUGAACAGGAAAUGACUGAUCUCAUUAAGAAGAACGAGGAAUUGGAGGAAGAUGUUGAGAAGAAAUAA